CUCGACGUUGUCGUAUGCGACCGAACCAAACAAUCCCUCAUCACCCAAGGAGAACAUAGAAAUUCGCACUCCCUCCAUCUCCAUCUCCAUCUCCAUCUCCAUCUCCCUCUGCGCUCUGCAAUAAGAUUGUGAUUGUGACUUUCGAGGACGGAUAAUCUGAAAGUCAGCUCUCCCUUCAAGGCAGAUAAAAGAUGAGUUCGCUAGAUGUAGCUAGAGCAGAACUUGCUCUUGCAACUCUGUAUUUGAACAAGGCUGAAGCUAGGGAUAAGAUAUGCAGGGCUAUACAGUACGGUUCGAAAUUCUUGAGCAAUGGAGAGCCUGGAACAGCCCAAAAUGUUGACAAAUCAACAAGCCUGGCGCGAAAAGUCUUUCGUCUUUUCAAGUUUAUCAAUGAUCUGCAUGCACUUAUUAGUCCCACACCAGAAGGAACACCGCUACCACUUGUUUUGCUUGGAAAGUCUAAAAAUGCGCUGCUAUCAACUUUCUUGUUUCUUGAUCAAUUUGUUUGGCUUCAUAGAACUGGCAUAUACAAGAACAAGGAACGUGCUGAGAUAAUUGGUCGGGUAUCUCUGUUCUGUUGGAUGGGCGCCUCUGUAUGCACUACUUUGGUUGAGCUUGGGGAGAUCGGCAGGUUGUCAGCUUCAACGAAGAAGUUAGCAAAAGAGCUUAAGGGCAGCGAUAAGUAUCAGAAUGAGCAGUAUCGUGCAAAGCUUAGAAAAUCGAAUGAGAGAACCUUGGCCCUGAUUAAGGCAGGCAUGGAUAUAGUGGUUGCAGUCGGGUUGCUUCAGUUGGCACCGAAGAAGGUUACUCCCCGUGUUACAGGAGCCUUUGGAUUUGUUAGCUCUCUCAUCUCAUGCUAUCAGUUGCUUCCAUCACCGCCAAAGGCAAAGACUUCCUGAGGAGGGAUUGCUGUUGUACUCAAACAAGCUGCAAUUGAUGGUGGUGUAAGUAAAACUGCUUGGAGCAGCAACAAGUGAGUCCAGAAUUAGGAUAAGCUCUUUCCUUGACCACCCUCUUGGUGGCCAGUACUCAAGUUUCCCAGUUCUGUCUUUCAACUUUGUUGCUGCGGUUGGCUCUGUUCCUUUAACUGGUCAAAUAAGUAAUAAUCUGCUCCACUGUUGUCCUAUGGGUUAGCGAGGUUCGUAGUGUGAUAGCUCAGGCAGUUAUAUUUAUAUUCAUAGUUUGCUUCCUCAUUGGCUGUGUAAUGAAUUCUCCAUGGGCUCGAUUUGUCUUGGACCUUUAUUUAGUCGGGUAUUCGCUGCUAAUAAGUGGAAGAGGGAGGUUGGUGCUUGAUGCCUUUUCAUCUUGA